AGUUUUAUAUAGCCAGUUUUUAUCUUUUCUUCAUAUUUGUGUGGCCAUAGUUUGGAUUUUCUUGGUAUUGUCAAGCAUAUGGCUACUGAACCAUAUUGAAGGAGAAAAGUAGAGUUAGCUAGAGGAUCUGGUUUAGCUGCACUCCUCUCUCUCUCUCUCUCUCUCUCUCUCUCUCUCUCUCUCUGUGUUGUUUCUUUUGAGCCUUCAAAAAACAAAAAAUUGUCUCUUGGGUUGGAGCCAAACAAAUUUAAGUAAGAAACAAUCAAGGUGUGUGUGUGCGUAGUGGGUGUUAUGGGGUUGAAAGACUAAAACUUGAGUGACAUCCAUUUUUGCCUCUUAUUAGGUUUCCUUCCUUCUCUCUCUUCAGCUUUUUUCUUUCUUUUCUUUUGUCUUUAAUUAUCAGAUCCUGAAGUCUUCUCAUCACUCAGAGAAAUCAAGAUCCACAUAUACAUGGGCCAUAAUGAUGCCAGCUCAAUAGCAAUUCAAGAAUUUUCAUAUCCAACAAAAAGAUGAUGAAGGGUUUGAUGUUCCAACAGCAACAGCAACAGCAACAGCAACACUCACAACUGGUGGAUGAGAAUAUGUCUAAUCUAACUUCAGCAUCAGGUGAAGCUGCCAGUGUCUCUUCUGGCAACAGAAAUGAAAUUGGCACCAGUUUUUCCCAACAGUUUUUUGCUCCACCUCCAUCUCAAACUCAACCAGCUCUGAAAAAGAAGAGAAACCUCCCAGGCAAUCCAGACCCAGAAGCAGAAGUAAUAACCUUGUCUCCCAAGACACUCAUGGCAACAAACAGAUUCAUCUGUGAGAUCUGCAACAAGGGGUUCCAAAGAGAUCAGAAUCUUCAGCUUCACAGAAGAGGGCACAAUCUGCCAUGGAAGCUUAAGCAAAGAACAAGCAAAGAAGUGAGGAAGAAGGUGUAUGUGUGCCCAGAAGCAAGCUGUGUGCACCAUGAUCCUUCAAGAGCUCUUGGUGACCUGACUGGAAUCAAGAAGCACUUUUGCAGAAAGCAUGGUGAGAAGAAGUGGAAAUGUGACAAGUGCUCAAAGCGGUACGCGGUUCAAUCUGAUUGGAAAGCUCAUUCCAAGACCUGUGGCACGAGGGAGUACAGAUGUGACUGUGGAACUCUUUUCUCGAGGAGGGAUAGUUUCAUCACCCACAGAGCCUUCUGUGAUGCUUUAGCAGAGGAGAGUGCAAGAGCCAUCACCACAGGAAAUAAUAACCCUCUCCUCAUCUCCCCUCAACAACAGCAAUUACAACAGCCUGGAUCUUCAUCAGCAUCUCAUCAUCAUCACAUGAACCUUAACCAAGUUCAAUUAGCCCACCAAUUCCAAGACCUCCAUGGAUUUUCAUUGAAAAAAGAGCAGCAAAGUUUCACAAGCCUGAGGCCAGACCUGCCUCCUUGGCUGGCCUGCCCUGGCCCACCCAACAACACUUCCAUUGACCUUUCCUCAUCCUCCUCAAUCUUCUCCACAAGGCUAGACCAAAAUUUCACACAAACCCACCAAGAUUUAUCCCUCCAUGAUCACAACAGUACAGCCCCAAACCCAAACCCAAACCCUAACCCUAGCCUGGGCCCCACCCUCCCACCCUUCCAGCCUGCCCCUUCCCCACAUAUGUCAGCAACUGCAUUGCUUCAGAAGGCAGCUCAGAUGGGUGCAACAAUGAGCAGCAAGAAUAGUACAGCCUCUGCAGCAGCAGCAACCUCUGCAGGUUCCUCACCACAACCCAUGAUGAGGUCCCACCAGAACAACCAGGGUCACGUGCCUGAUUUUGGUGGUCACGUGUCCAGUUUUGGGAAUAAUACAGCUGCAGCAGCAACAACAGGGGCAGGAGGAGCCAGUGCUUCUAGUAAUGGCACUGGUCCUCCUCCAUCAUCCUCAGGUAUUCAUCAACAUCAUCAUCAUCAAAACCAAAACCAAAACCAAAAUCAAAAUCAACAUCAAGCUUCUCUUCUGCAUGACAUGAUGAAUUCUCUGUCCUCUGGAACUGGGUUCGAAGGAGCUUCUUUUGAGCUGGAUGCUUUUGGGUCCAUGCCAACAGUUUUGAACAAUUCAAAGAAAGACACAAACAAUUCAAACAAUCCAUCAUCUGCCCAUUUCAACAGGUCAAGCGCUAGUGAUGAAGGUGGUGGCCAUGGCGAAGGUUUGACCAGAGACUUCCUAGGGUUGAGAGCUCUCUCUCACAGUGACUUUCUCAACAUUGCUGGGCUUGGAAGCUGCGUGACCAGUGCAGCAACAGCUGCUGCAUCUUCUUCCCUUGACCAAACCCACAAACCCUGGCAGGGUUAGCUUUGGCUACUUAGCUAGCUAUAGCUGCCACAUACGGAUCAACAUAUAAUUGAACAUGAACAUCCUUUAUAAUUUUGUUUUUUGUUUUUGGUUUUUUCUUAAAUAUAUAAUUAAUUACUCUUUUUGUCUUAA